CUACGGACGAAUAAUCGUGAGAUUGACUCGUUGGUGCCGGAUACAAUAUAAUCAAAUAAACACGAGAGUAUCGUCGAGGGUUACUUCCGGCGACUGUAAGAUGUCUGUGAAAAUUGUGAUAAUGGCGGGUGAUACCUAUUCCGGGCGAGAUACGCCCUUCUGAUUAUCCAGGGCCAUAUCUCAAUAGCCGUCAAUUACACUGUGGAACGAGAUGUCGACGCAAUCAGGAUUUCCAGCAGCUGGGGUGUAGUCGGUUACGUGAUAGGGAGAACCACCAGCAACAUCAAAGAAAACAUGUCGAAGCUCGGGAUACAGUGAUUGACGAAGAUGCCAACCUGAUUGGCCCCGAGUGCAAGAAUUUACGGUCGACUAGUAAAUUGACGAGGGGAAAAAAAAUAAGUGACAGAAAAAGAAAGCGUAACAUUUGGUCAAUUUAAUUAAAUAUGCAUCCCUGUGAUUAGCAACUAGUAUAAUAUUUUAUCAAAUUUAUCAUGCGCGUACAUGGGCCACUCUGAUCGGUCUUUGUACGAUCGGUCGCGCCAUUGUCGAUAAACAGCGCGAUAUUAAUCGAUAGUGUUCAAUCAAGGAUUCGAUUAUCGAUUCGGUACGAUUAUCUAAAAUUAUCCUUCUUUAUUACAUAUUGCAAUUACGAUUAACGGGUGGAGGAUCUUUGAAUCGGUUUGAAGUGAUCGAGUAUAAAUGAAACUAUAAAAAAUCGAGUGAUUUACGAAGUAACGUCUCGCAAUCAAGACGUUGCUUUCAACAGCACGAUAAGCAAUAAUUAGAUUAGUAGGAUCUCGUUUGGAAGUGAUAUAUAUAUAUAUACACACAUAUAACCAUAUAAAAAGAGAAAGCAAGAUGGCGUUCGCAGCUGCCAGGAUGAUAUUGAAGGAUAAGAGGCGGAAGGCCAGCAAGGAAGACUUCGCACCCAGAAACAGAAGCAAGGCCCGCAGCGCCAGUACAAGUAGCUUUAGAAGCCUGAGCCAGGCUCGCAACAAACCAGCGGACGGAGUGGGACACGUGAAUCAGAAAGGCACUUCGGGACAGAAAGCCCCAUUAACCGGAGGACAGAAAGCCGUGGCAGGAGCGAAAACUGCUACGAAACCGGCGCAGAAGCCAACUGCUCAAAAAGGACAAGUUAAAGUCACACCUAAGGCAGCAUCCGUAAAGACUGGAAAGAAUAAGAAGAAGGGACAGCGUCAGCAGUACGACUUAAUUGUUACCAUCAAUUUGUCUGAAUAUGGUCUCACGGAGGAUCAAGUUGCGGAGUUCAAGGAGGCUUUCAUGCUCUUCGACAAGGAUGAAGAUGGAACAAUUACUAUGGCCGAAUUGGGGGUUGUUAUGCGUUCCCUGGGACAGCGACCAACUGAAACGGAACUGCGAGAUAUGGUGAACGAGGUCGAUCAGGACGGUAAUGGAACCAUUGAGUUCAAUGAAUUUCUCCAGAUGAUGUCGAAGAAGAUGAAGGGUGCCGACGGGGAGGACGAGUUACGCGAAGCUUUCAGGGUAUUCGACAAGAAUAACGACGGCCUGAUAUCCUCCAUGGAAUUGCGACAUGUGAUGACGAACCUGGGGGAAAAGCUUUCCGAAGAGGAGGUCGACGACAUGAUCAAGGAAGCAGACCUUGACGGUGACGGAAUGGUGAACUAUGAAGAAUUCGUGACAAUCCUGACAUCAAAGAAUUAGUUUGGAGGACGCACGAGCCAAAGACUACCAACGUGGUGUUCACCAUUGAGUGUAACGUCACGUGAAAACCCCCAGAGGAAGCGAGAGAGAGAGAGAGGCAGAGAGAAGAUUAAACGGCACCGAACAAGCAGAAAAACCGUCGAAUUCAUAAGAAGCGCAAGACACACACACAAGGAGAGAGAGAGAGAGAGAGAGAGAGAGAGAGAGAGAGAGAGAGAGAGAGAGAGAGAGAGAGAGAGAGGCAGAGAGUUCGUGCGUACGUGCGCGAAGAGAAUACGUGAGAUAGUGAAAUCGAAAAUAAGUAAAAGAAAGAGAGAGAUUUUCAAAAAAAAAAAAAAGCUAAAAGAUAAUGAAAAGUGACAAGAAAGCGAACUUUCUCUGUCUAGAAGCGCUUUACCGUGAUCCAAUCAAUCGACAUAUGAAAAUCCCGGCGAAGCGUGACUCUACUUAAUUUUCGACCUAAUUUAUAAGUUAAUCGAUAAAGAGAAAAAACAAGGUUGCUCCUAAAACAAUCAACUGAGCUUCGUUUAGCGUAUCUACCUACCUACCUACUCUAUGCUAUGAUCGUUACAAUCGAAAUCACUCAUUCUUAUCGCUCAGCGUAAAUUAAAAAAAAAAACCGUUAAUGUAAGUGUCGUUUAAUUUAAAUUCGCACACAGUUAUCCUUGUCUCGCGAAGGACAAUAUACUGUAUAACGUCUCCCGCCUCCCCCCUAUCGUCCCUCCAACACAUUCAUUUUUCACUGCAUCAUUUAAAUUUGCCCGCAUACCUAUAAACACUUGCUACUUCGCGCUUCACACAACCGAUCAUAGAUGACAGUGUGGAUGAUUUCGAAUUGCUCGCCGUAGAAUGUAGUGACAGGGAGGAAAUGUGAGAUACAAAAAAUUGUGAAUGAAAAUAGAAGAGGGAGUGGGAGAAGGGGUGAGGGAAGGGGGGAGAGAGGGAGAAAUUACUCGCUGACACGUGUCAUAAUGACAGAAGGGUUAUGAAGGUUAGUUGUAUUACGUGCACAAUUUGACAUAUUUUCCGAACAAUUUUCGGUAUAUUAAUAUUUAUAUAGAGUGACCAUUCCUCAAUGAGUGUCGGUGAUAAAUAUUACUACCCAUUUCCGGUCUAAUUAUUUAAAGCGAUUUUAAUAGUGGGAACUGAAUUUUCCAAAAGAAAAAAAAUAAUUACCCAAUCUGAUUUGGAUCUAGAGCUAGACAAUAAUUACAGGCAUUGAGAUUAAAAGCUAUAAUUUCCCACAUAUAACUGCAUGAACAGGUCACGUAAACACAUUAUCCAUGUACGUACAACGUUACGUAUGUUAAGAUUAAACUCAUACGAAUACGUAAUCAGUAUGCGACGGAAAUGAGAAAUAAUUCACAUAAGGUAAAUAAACAUUCGAGUUUUACGUUAGGCGAGAAACAGGUGCAGUUCUGGUGUAAAGUAAUCGUCGAAAUAGAGAGAGAUAGCGAAAAGUUAAAUAUGGAUACGUAUAGUAGAAACGAAAGAGAAAGUAAAGAAUAGACAAAGUGAGAAUAGUUAAAAAGCAACGGACAAACUCGAUAAAUCUACUCAACUAGUAAUAAUAUAACGUCCCGAAGACAAUAUAAAUAUUUGAUGAUUUUAAUUUAAAAAAAAAUUAAUCCAAAGAGUGUUUUGAACUUAGAAACCUUCAUGGCCUAUGUUCACCAUUUGCGUCCAAAAAAAGACAAAAUAAGAGGAUCGAACGGGAGAGAAUGUGUUCCAGUGUGAGAAGAUAGGACGAAAGGUGGGGGGGGGGGAGAGAGAGAGAAAUAGAUAGAGGCAGACAAACAGAGAUAAAGCUAAAAAUUAAGUAGAUAAAUUAUUGUUCGUUCAAUUGAAUUAUAAUUUCAUUUUAAUCAAGGAAACGAACCGUUUUUUUCAUUUUUAAUAAAUAACGUACGGUAUUUUUAUAAAUUACUCUAACAUUCAGCGCACGCCAAAGAGAGAGACUUAAAAAAAAACUGGAAUACAAAAAAAUAAAUUUUGCCACGUACCUAUAUAAUUGGAACGGUAUUUGUUUAGUGCAUGCUCACUAAUGAUAAACAGAAAGAGGAUUACCUGCCACGUAUAUGUCAUAUGUGCACAUGAAGGAUGACGAAUAAUAUUAAAUUCGCUCCAAAUUCGAGACACAUGUGGAUACAGAUAAAUGUACGAAAUACGCGUGUGCAGGCGCACGUUGAAAAGUAAUUAAAUCAAGAACAAAUGUGUCUUCCGUUACUUGGAUAUAUUUGAUAAAGCGUGAUCACAAAAGUUGUUACUUAUGUUUGCCGUCAUUUUUAUUAACGCUUGACGUGAAAAUCGGAGCGAGAGAAAUCUCAUAUUUAACGUCCAGUACGUGUAUUCGCGUGUAUUUAUGCUUUUAAAGGGUUAAACGGUGGGAUAAUGACUAAUGAUGAUCCUAUACUGUUCAAAUAAGGGGUUUGAUUAUAAAAUUGAAGACGCAUAUAAGAGCGGUGGUAAAUUGAAUGUCAAGUAACUCGUGACGAUAACGAUGAUAAUCGUAAUGACGAUUAGAAUGAGAUUAAUGAUGAUGCUCACAGCUUUUUUGCAAAAAAAAAAUAUCCCUUCUCAUUGAUGAAUCACUCGUCCGAACGGUGAAUACCUUUUAAAAACAAUCUAGUUGAUAUCAAAAAUGUUUAAGUACAUGAGUAAUCAAAUAAAUACGUAUAUUAUAAAACAUACAUAUUAAAUAUGCAAGACAACCUGAUUAACUUAGAUCGAGAAGUAAUCAUUACCGUUAAUAGAUUUAUGCCUGCAUGGCAAUCAUUUCGCUAAGCGAAGACGUAAAAAAGUCGAGUUUUCUGAAGUCGAUUGGCAAUGAGAGAAAAGAGGAUAUAGAAAGAUGAAAAAAAAAUCUGGAUUAAAAAAAGUACACACGCAUAUAUGCGUACUUAAAUAAUUGUGAGUGUACAUUUGUAUUGUUAGCGAUGAACGCGAAGGCUGUCAAAGUUA